CGUCUGAUUGAUCUUCCGGAAUUGUUUCAAUGCCAUCUCUUUGAUGUUGUUUUAUUUUACGACAAUACGUUUAAUGAUUUUUGUCGUAACGUAAGAAAAUGUCCGGACCGUGUACUGUGGCGGCUCCCAAAGAUGACAAACACUGGAUGUCGAAGCACCUGGAGUACGUGGAGGCUGUUAAGAAUUCCGAUUGUGAUGUGGUCUUCAUCGGCGACUCUAUAAUUGAGUACAUGGAGACUAGCUGCAUCUGGCACGACAUUAAGACGUUGUGCAGAUGUGUGAACUUGGGAAUUGGAGGGGACAGAGUGGAGAAUGUGCUGUGGAGGGUACAAAAUGGUGAGAUGGAUUUUGUUAAUCCUGUCAAGGUUGUGGUGCUGUUGGUGGGGACGAAUAACGUGAACAAUGAGCCAGAGGAUAUUUUUGAAGGAUUGAUGGAGAUAAUCAAAGAAAUUAAAACUAGGUUGGGUAACGUGACCAUAAUAUUACCGUCGUUGCUUCCUAAAGGGCAGUACCCGAACCCUUUCCGCACCAAAAAUGAAAACGUUAACAAAAUGUUGGAAGAGAAAUUCUGCACUGAAGACAAGACUGAAGAGACUGAAAACGUUUAUUACGUGUCCAUUGGGCAGCACCUCUUGGAGCCGGAUGGUACCAUCAGUGAUAAGCACCUGUACGAUUAUUUACACCUUACUGACAUAGCUUAUCUAAAAUCAUUUGGCAUCGUCUUGCAAAAGAUGAAGGAGCUGGACUUAACUUAGACAGGGCUUAAAACUUUUAAUAGUAAUCCUUAGACUAGUACUGUUAUGGUUGUGACAAUAAGCUUCUCUUUGUUAUGACAUAAAUAUUUACUCGUUGAUGCAAAAAACAUUAAAAUAAAAUUUAUAAAACCCCCUUA